GUCGUGUUCGUGCGCUGUACGGUCAAGAAUUAGUCAAAGCCUGGACGAACGCCGGGUAUUUGGGAAAAAUAAAAUUGGCUCAAGCUUGGCGUAAAAGAAAAUCAAGUUAAUAUAUCGGUAAAUGAAAAUUGCAAGCUGUGCGUGCAUUGUACACGUAUAUUUUGGCAACUGAUGCGUUGAACAGCAGCAGCAAUGCAAACGCAAUUAAAUGCAAAUGCGUGAAAGUGUAACAUUCGGGCGAAUAAGUUUCCAAAACGCUGUACGAAGCGUGAACAAGCGCUCUUUUUGACCAAAAGCCAAAACAGCAACAACACGCAUUCCCAACCAAGUUGUUGGUUAGUCUGUUUGUUUAACAAUUUUUGCGUGUCCUCCACAACUUUUGCGUGCUAUUCGUAAAUUUCUGCUGUAUAUGUUUAACAGUGUAAGUGUUUGUUUGUAGAAAAAAUAUUGAAAAAUUUAUUACAAAAGAAAAAUUAAGACUUGUGCAUGUGCUUGGAAUUUUGAAGCAGCCCGAAUAACAGCAGACAGAAUAACAGUAAUACAAGUAACUGCUAACUAAAACGGCUGUAAACGGUGAAUUGUGACAAAUACAAAUUGAAAUUGUCUGCAGGAUCAUCACCGUUUAUGAAAUUUAUUGUAAAUUACUUAAAAAUACAUUAAAAAUGUACAACAAGCUACAGCAUUUGUAGAAAGGAGAGGAAAGAACGCAAGGACUCUAUUAUUUUUUCCAGCUACGAGAAAAAGCACACAAAAAAGAAAGAAGAAAGGCCAACACCACAAAGGAGUCGACAAGAGUCCAUUCAAGAUGUUAGCCAAAGUAGCCGCACCCACGCUGCUGCGGCUGCUGCUUCAGCUGAUCUGCCUGCAUAUGAGCAUCGCCGCCUUUGGACGGGACGAAUGCAAUGAGCUGAACGGCAACUCGUUCUGUCUCUGUUCCCGUUCGAUGUCGGAAUACGAGAUCUAUUGUCCGCCGAACACAUACAAUCCAAAAUUCAAGCUGACCAUACGCUCCGGCUCAAAUGUGCAGAUCGAGUGCAAUCUGACAGACGCCUCGGAAUACAAAUCGCUGCCCAAGCUGAGCAUCGGCCAGAUCGAUGGAGUGCAGAUCCAACGCUGUCCACUGCCUGGUUACACGCCCAUUGCCGGCAUACUCGAUCAUCUAGGCAUUGAGAGUCCCAAGAUGUUGAUAUUCGAGAGCAAUAAUCUGGGCGUGAAUCUAACUCGCAAACACUUGGAUCGCUUGCACAAUCUGAAGCGUCUGCGUUUCACCUCCCGUCGGUUGACUUACAUACCCUUCGACUUUCUCAGCGACUUGCGCAAUCUCAGUUGGCUGGACCUACGAUCCAAUAUUGUGGAGCUGCCGGCACAUUUGUUUGAUAAUCUGACAAGCCUGGAAUUUCUCGAGCUGGGCAGCAACAACUUGCAGCAAUUGCCGCACGGCUUGUUCCGGAAUUUGCACAAACUUCAGCAUUUGAAUCUGUGGAGCAAUCAGUUGCGCAAUCUAACUCGGCACGACUUUGAGGGCGCCGCUUCGGUCCUGGAUGUGGAUCUUAGUGCCAACGGCAUUGAGCAUUUGCCAAGGGAUGUCUUUGCACAGUUCACUGAACUGAAUGUGAUCAAUUUAAGCGCUAAUCGCUUCCACUCGCUGCCCGAGGGCCUUUUCGAGCACAACAAAAAGCUGAAGCAGGUGCGUUUGCUCAACAAUCGCGUCUCGAUGCCAACGCUGCCGCCACGUCUCUUCGCAAAUCUUCCCGAGCUUCACACUCUGUCGCUGCGCUCCGAUCUCGAAACUCUGCCGGCCGAUUUAUUGGAUCAUUCCACACAGCUUGUGAAUUUAUCGCUGACCAACAACUAUCUGAACAUGCUGCCAGCCGGACUAUUCAAGCACCAGGUCAACAUGCUCAGCCUCAAUUUGCGUCGCAAUAGGCUCACUCAUCUCCCCGACAUGCUGUUCGAUCAUACGGAAAACCUGGUGGAUUUGAAUUUGGCCGACAAUCUGCUAACAGAGAUAAGCAAGGAUCUGUUUGGCAAACUGACGCGAUUGGAACGAUUGACGCUGAACAACAAUCAACUGAAAAUAGUUCAUCCAGAGGCUUUCGCAGCCACCACACAGCUACGCUUCAUCAAUCUGGAGAACAACAUGAUCGAUCUGAUGGGCGGCGACAUGCAAUCGGAGACAGCCACUCCCUUCUCACAUCUGGAGCAAUUGGAAGUUCUCAACCUGCGCAAUAACUCCAUCAUGUUCAUCUAUAACGACUGGAAAUACAAUCUGCUCAGUCUUCAGGAACUGGAUCUCGCCUACAACAAACUGAGCCUGCUUGACUACACAGACCUGCAGUUCCUCUCCCGUCGUGAUGUCUCAAUCAACAUCACUCACAAUCAGCUCCACAGCAUCAACUUCUUCGCCAAUCUGGAUGUCUCACCCACGAAUACUGUAGUGAGUGUGGACCUCAAUGAUAACCCCCUCUCCUGUGACUGCGGUCUGAUGAGAUUCGUGCAGUUCAUACGCCGCGAUAUUAAUCCGGACUACAGGAAUCAGAUUGACUUGCAGACCGAGCAACUGAAGUGUGCCGGACCCAGCGCGCUAGCCGACCGUUUCGUAGGGGACGUGGAUCCACGAGAGCUGCUUUGUCCAUUCGAUCAGUCGGUGGAUCCGCGCGAACGUCGCUGUCCCCUAGGCUGUGACUGCAUGGUCCGAACCUUUGACAAGGCGCUCAUUGUCAACUGUUCCUUUGGCAAUCUGUCUGCGAUGCCUCAGUUGCCAGAGUUGCCACCAAGUCUACACAUCAUGGAGCUGUAUCUGGAGAACAACAGCUUGCAGCAGCUGCCUGCCGGCAACAAGUCGGGCUAUGCGAAUGUCACCCAUCUUUAUCUGGCCGGCAACAGUCUAAGCGAAGUGGAAGUCCACCAACUGCCUUCACAUCUGCGUAAGCUCGACCUGCGUAACAAUCGCCUCCGUUCACUCAACUCUGGAGUGCUCGAGUUCCUCAAUCGCACCAUGACCAAAAAGUCGCUUUAUCUGUCCAACAAUCCAUGGGUUUGCAACUGUACGGCGAAGGAACUGUUGAUCUUCACACAGAACAACUACGACCGGAUUGCCGAUCGCAGCGACAUGCUGUGCGUGGACGCGGAACAACCCACACCCAUGGAGGAUCUGUCGGUGAACGACAUAUGCUCCGAGUCCCAGAGAGUGGUCUAUGCAUUGAUUAUUGUUGUCGCACUGACCGCCUUUCUGGUCAGUCUCACAGCCGCCUUCUACUACAAAUACGAGCUAGAGAUCAAGAUCUGGCUCUACGCGCACAAUCUAUGCAUGUGGUUUGUCACCGAGGAAGAGGUGGACAAGAACAAGAAGUUCGACGCCUUUAUUUCGUUCUCGCAGAAAGACUACAGCUUUGUCGAGAACCAUCUGGUUCCGCAGCUGGAGCACGGUCCCAUCAAAUUCCAGCUGUGCGUGCACGAUCGUGACUGGAAGGUCGGCUGUUUCAUACCCGAGAACAUUGUGCGCUCCGUAUCGGACUCGCGACGCACCAUCAUCGUGCUCUCCCACAACUUCAUCCAGUCGGAGUGGGCCAAGUUGGAGUUCCGCGCCGCACAUCGCUCGGCGCUGAACGAGGGUCGCUCUCGCGUCAUUGUCAUUAUCUACUCAGACAUUGGGGAUGUGGAGAAACUGGAUGACGAGCUAAAGGCCUAUCUGAAGAUGAACACCUAUUUGAAGUGGGGCGAUCCUCUGUUCUGGGACAAGCUGCGCUAUGCCAUGCCACAUCGUGCGCCUUACAGAAAUGGCGUCCUAGCCAAGUCAAAGCUAAUGGGCUCCACGGAUGACAGUCUGCAGCUGACCAAGUCUUCGCCAGGAACGCCACCGCUGACAACGCCGCCGGCAGAGGCAACCAAAAAUCCACUGGUGGCUCAACUAAACGGUGGCACCGCCCACACAGCCAUCAUGAUUGCCAAUGGUAGGAACGCUCUGACGAAUCUAUAUGCCCCCAACGGCAGGACGCAUGGAAAUGGGCAUAUCAAUGGUGCCUUCAUCAUAAACACAAAUGCCAGACAGAGCGAUGUAUAGGACUGGGAGAAGGCGGAACUAUAUCAGUUCGAGCCAGACGAUCUGCAGUUGUUCCGUUAAAAGCCGCAGCCAACUGCCAGCCCCUCGCCCCGCAAAAUCCCGCUGAGAACACCAACAAGAUUGCGAGAAAGAAUACCAGAGCGUGCUUCGGGAUAUACGACCAAUUCCAAAUUCCACUUUCGAAUGUAGAAGCUGAUUUGGAGAGUGUAAAUAAUCUAGAGAAGAGAGCAAUUCACCACCAACUGAUGAUAUUUCAAGUUAAAUGUUCAAAUUUCAUUUGCAUCAGUUUUAAUUCUCGAAUAGUUUUUAAAACUCCAAACUUCCCGGCCCCAUCCCUCCCUCUAACUAGUAAAGAAAAGCAUUCGCCCAAUUUGGAAACACAAUUUUAAAUAUUCAAUAUUUCAUGUGGCCUUUGUUGACAUAAAUGAAAAGAAAAAACACGUUGAUAACAACAUUUAAACUAGUUUUAGCGCAUUACUCGGUUCGUUUAUAAGCAACUAUCCUUAGUCCUAAUUAGGCGCUUAGCUUAGCUAUAAGUAAGGCAUUCAUCUGUAAAUCAGUUUCCGCUAUUUUUCUCCUUUUUUUUUUGUAAAUGUAUUCAUUUGUAUUGUACAUUGAAGACAAGCAGCUGCACGCAAGGCAAGCGAGAGCUUAGUUAGACUGAGUUGUUGGUCACACUGCACAGCAAACAAUUUGAUAGUGUCGUCCGAAAUUUAUUUGGAAACUCUGCAACACCUUAAGAACAUCCGUAGUUUUAAGUAACUUUGACACGAAUCUCGAGUUUAUGUUUUGAACAAAUAGAGCUUUAUUUCCUUAUAUUUAUUUUACUUAUUGCUUUGGUCCACAAACCAUAAUUAUACGCAAUUACAUAGCGGCAUAAAAGUUAUGCCGAGUACUCAAUGUAUUCGUGAACAAAACAAAAUGCCUUCUUCGUAUGUAUGUAUGUAUGCUAGAAAUAAACAAAGCUAAGAAAAUAUGUAUAUGUACCAUAUAUAUAUACACAACUAUUAUAUACCAUGCCACAUGCCACUACAUACCCCAGAAGAAUAGAUGUAAAGAACAACAAAACAAAAUUAUGCAACAACAAAAAAAACAGCAAUGAAAUGAAAACAAAAACCACUUUCUGUCAUCUUAAAUAUCAUAAAUUUCAAAAUAUCUUACAUGUAGUUCCCAUAGGCAUUCAUUAAGACGCUAUAAAUAGAAUUCAUAUGCAUACAUAAAUACCCAACAUCAACAUCUCAACAUUAUACAUCAUUAUGAAAUGUAUGUCCUUUAUUUUUAAUUAUACAAUACGAUCAACAUAAUUAGCAUAAAAGUAUCGUGUAAGUAGAUAUAUCAUGUCUCUUAAAUGUAUUGCCUAAGGUACCUACGUAAAUAUGCAGACACACCACUCAUUUACUUAUACAUACACACAUAACUGUAAUUGUAUAUGAAAAGUGCAUAAUUAUACAAAAUAAAUAAAAUAUAUUUUAAAAUUA